AUGACUGCGAAUUUUCCUUGGAUCUAUCCCGUACGGGUAAUCCAAGCCAUCUUUGCAAUAAUUGUCCUUGGUCUAACCGCAUACUACAUCAAUUGGUUCACCUAUAGUGAUACUGUUAAUUUUAUGCUCUUCAAUGGGAUAUGGACGGCCUUCAUUGCUACACCUUACCUUGCCCUAGCGCCGAUGUUCUUUCCCCAGUUGGCGCACCGACUCGUCAUUCCGGCCGUCGAAGUUAUUACCAUGAUAUUCUGGUUUGCAGGGUUCAUUGCCCUGGGUGUUUACCUCCCAGCCGCAGAAUAUUGUCACUGGAGUCGUUGUCGGGCACUACAGGCCGCGACCGUGUUUGGGGCAUUCGAGUGGGUAUUAUUUCUAGCUACCAGCGUUGUCGCUGUCCUCGGUGCAUCGCGUUCCCGGUCGAGCCCUAGUAUGAAGCCCACCCCUAAUGCUGAUACCCACGCUGGGGUCUAA